GCCGCCAGAGUCCAGUGUGGCCAGAGAGUGGUGGUAGUGAGGAGCGUGUCAGUGUGCCUCUCAUCGAACUGUGAUUUUUAUCCUUUAAAGUAUAAUAACCACCUGACAACACCCGGUGUUAUACAGUUAGAGAGUGAUUAGCAAUACUGAUAUAUUUAUAUAAGAAUAUAUAUACAGUAUAUAUAAAUAUAUAUUCUUGUGGUAGUGAAACUCAAGGUUAAUGCUUACAUCAUCAACGUAGCCUAACAAGAGGUGUUGAGUCAGGGUGGUGUUAUCCCCGGCAGGUUGUGGGUCAUCAUGUGACACACCCACCAGGAAAUUCUAACACUUGUUGAUACGUGCACCAGCAGUCAACACUAUAUUGAUGAAGGCCUAUGAACCAAUGAGGUGACAAAUAUGGGGACAUUCCAGAAGUUCUGCCUUAGGUGGAACAACCAUACAACAAACUUGUUAGGAACUUUAGGCCACAUUCUUACUUCUGAGCAACACUCCGAUGUCACAUUAUGCUGUCAAGGGGAGGUGUGGCGACUACACAAACUGGUGUUAUGUGCAUCCAGCAGUCACUUUGAAAAGCUGCUUGGUGCACUACCCCCAGGCAACUCUCCUAUUGUUGUGUUAGAUGGUCCACAUCCACAAGAUGUGGCUUCUCUCAUACACUUCAUUUACCAUGGUGAGGUUAAUGUUGACCAGGAGAACCUUGCAUCUCUACUUAGGACAGCAGAAAGCCUCAAGAUUAAAGGGUUAGCAGAAGUGUCCUCUGUAACUAGUGGUGGUGAACAUAAGAGUCACUGUGAUGGCGAGAGCCAAAGACAUCACAACAGAGGCAGGUCAAGACCAGGCAGUUGCCAUUCUGCUCCUGUUUAUACUCUAGGAAACGAGUAUCCUGUGGGGAUGUAUGGCCUUGUUCCACAAAGUAUAUCACCACAUACCCAAGUACCUGAUCCUUUAGAACGUGACCCAUCACCUCUCAACUUAUCGUUCAGUGGCUCUUUAAAAAAUAUUCAUGAUGAGACUCCUCAGGAAAGACAGGAAAGACGUAAUCGUCUAGAUGACCUCCUUUAUGCUGCUACUGAACGUAGUAAAAAGGAAGAGAGAAGGGAAGCUCGUCGUGAAGCACGUGAGGCUGCUUUGCGCGAAGCUGCUGCAAUACGUGAGGCUUCGGUGAUGUUAACACAAGAUCAGGCUUUACUCCCUCCUGUAGCAAAACGUGCCAGAACUACUGAUUCAUCUCGAAACACUACCCUUCCUGCCCAUCCGGCAUUUCACAUUCCUUUAAUGAACUUAACCCUACCUUCUAAUGCAUCCACUUCCCUUGUAACAUCACAAAGUAUCUCAUCCACACAAACCUCUCAUCCUCCAGAAGCUAUACCUUUAACUGAAAAUGCAGCUGUAAUUUUACAGAAACAAGAUGUUCAACAAGAACAGAUUAAUAAUCAUCAAGAAGUUGAGGCAAAUACCAGAAAAUCUCCUGUGAAGACUGAAAAUAUUGAGGUGUCUAGUGAUAUCACAAUCAUGGAAGAUGUAGCAGUGAACAGUGAUGAAAGUGACACUCAGAGUGCACCAGAGACUCCCAGUGAUGUAAGCAGUGCCCCUACCAGCCAAGGCAUAACCCCAACUACAACUACCACUGCAACUCAAGUACCUAGUUCUGCAGUCCUUGAUGAGGUUAACUCAGCAUCAUCAUGUAGGGCCCCAGUGGUUGCAAACAACACUAUAAAUUGCACAAAUGGUCCUUCUGUUACACCCCCAUCAGAACCAAGUGAAGAAAAGGUGACCCCAUAUUUUCACAGUAUCCUGCAACAAGUAGCUGAAGGGGGCUCUGGAGGGGAACAGGCAUCCUCUAAUGCUCAAAGAGUAACUAUCAACAUGAGAACUUUUAAGGAGGAGUGGCGAAGACAACUGUUAGUAGAUUAUGACACUCGCUUUAACAUGAGUAUUUGUAUGUUAUGUUUCACCACCUUCAAGUCUUAUGAUGGUCCUAGAAAAAAUACAUAUGUCAAACCAUAAGCGCUUCCAUCCAUCAUUAGAAGAAUAUUCUGAGGAAGAGCGAGACCUUAUUAUCAGCAUGUAUGAGAAAUAUCAUAAAUAUGAUGUAGACAUGCAGAAAGAGGUUAAUAAAUCAUACAGAGCUGCAAAUGCUAUAGUAGCGCUGGGUAAAAAGGGAGCCAAAUAUUGUGAAAUUAAUACAGAGGUGAUAGGCGUCAGUGAACUUCACACCAAGAUCGUGACAGAAGGAGAGACCCAAGAGGAAUCUGGAGAAAUCUCUACUGAAGGCAACAACUUAAAAGAAGAGGAGGUUACAUGUGUCUCAGGUAAGAGUCGUUCACACACUCCAGAGAGUGAUAUCAGCUUAGAAACAAAUGAAAAGCUCACUGAGAGUUUUGAUCCAGAGGACACUAAAGAAAAAGUAGACAACAACAAUGUGUCAGCACCAACAGUCACAAAAAGGAGCCAGAUGAACACUCGAGCUAAAACUGCUGCAUCAGCUGCCACAGUUUCUGUGUGAUUACAAGCUUUCAUGUGCAAGGGCUUCAGUAAAGCUCAAUUUCCACUGAAAAUUAGUUGUAAUUACCUUGAUGAGUGAUAACCAAGGACCUACUUGUGAUAUGUAUCUCACCUGAGAGGUAAGAGUAGAGAUCAUCUUCAGUGCUCCUCAAUUAUAUAUAUAUAUAUAUAUAUAUAUAUAUAUAUAUAUAUAUAUAUAUAUAUAUAUAUAUAUAUAUAUAUAUAUAUAUAUAUAUAUAUAUAUAUAUAUAUAUAUAUAUAUAUAUAUAUAUCUGUAUGGUGUUUUGGAAAUAAUUUUUAUAAUUCAGGGGUAUUUUGACAGACAAAAGGAUGAAUGACUCCAUGACCAUAGUGUCAGUACUCCUUAGUUUUGGAGUUAUACAUAAAAUUUGGUAUGAGAGGACUGCAACAAGUCUAUGGACAUAAAACAUAAGCCCUAUUUCAAGUAAGUGGCAACAUUCAGAAAGAGGGACAGAACUUUGAACAUUUACUUUAAAAUCCAUAUCAGAUUACAUAUGACUGUAAAUAAAUUGUACUACAGUAGCAACAUUUGAUGUUUCCUUUAUACUUUGUAGAUUUUAUCACAUUCCAACCCCAACUGUCAAAUGGUAUAACUUUGACACUAUGGGGUUUUGACACUAUUGUCAUGGAGUCAUUUAUCCUUAUGUAUGUCUCAGGAAUACACCCCCAGAAUUAUGAAACAUAUUUCCAAAACACCCUGUACAUAGUUAUUCAACUCUUUCUGAAGUUACAUGAAUGAAUACAUUUGAAUUAAGAAUAUCAGCAUUUGUUGAUUCUUUCUGUUUUUCUGCCACUUGGCAACAUAUCACUUACAUCAGGAAAUUUUUUCAAAAAUUUUUGUGAACUAUAGAUAUCCUCAUAUAGGUAAAUGUUUUAUAAAUUGUGAAACCAUAUCAGUGUUUGUGCUCAAAACUAAAGAUAAUGACUGUGUCCAUGUGGGACUGUUUAGUGGUCAUAAUAUGAAUGUGCUUUUUUUAUUGGAAUAUUAUCCACAGCAGAUGUGUUGAAGUGAUUAAGCUAAUUUCGUGCAUGUUGCAAUAGCCGGGAGUUCUAGUAAACUAGUGCUCAUGAUAAGUGAUAGGCAAGAUCUUCUGGGUUGUACACUUCCUGGACAAUAACAUCAAGAGCACAAUAAUUUGAAUCACUGUGUUAUGUGCUAAAGGAAUGCCUCUUCACAUAUUGUGUUCCUUAUUUAUGAAAUUCUAUGUCUGUCACACUCACUAUGAUCUAAAUAUUAUUCAUGUAAGCAGUAAAUUGUUUCACCAUAUAUUUUUUGUACCAGUAUACUAAAGUGAGCAUUUUUUAUUUAAUAAAUAAUAUUGGAGAAGAGAAAAUAUAGUUGAUACUUAUGGUAAAUGCUCUUUUGCAGUCCAGAAUAUCGUGAAGAGAUGUGGGUUUAUCUGCUUUGUCUGUUUUGCAGUUUUAAGGUAACUAUUUUCUUGAGCAAUGAAUUACCAUCUCGAUACAAAUGUCUGGUAUCUGGACAGCUGUGGAGUGUGCGGUGAUUAAGCUUAUAGAAUUUGUGCCAUGUCCAUAUACUGUAUAGAUAUCAUCCUGCAUAUCUUCAACAGGAUAAACCUACAUGUGGCCAUAUCAACCAUUUAAGAAUAAUCAUAUCAUGUUGUUACAAGCACUAGUUGUUACCUAGUUUUAGGUAAGUUAUAGUUGGUGUAUUAUGUUGACUUUUACAAAAUGUUACACAUUUAUAUAAUUUUGCCAAAUCCUGUAAUUUCUUUAUUAUUACCAUAGUGUCUCUCACCAACUUUGGAAGAUGACAAGAGUGCUGUAUAUUUUUGUGUGCUUCUACAAUUAUUCCUGAAUAUAUAGAAAUUUAGUUUAAGCACAUAAUCAGUGGCCAAAAGCUGAAUUCUUUUUCGUGUGCCAAAUAUGAAGUAAGUUAAGUUUUUGUUCAUAGUGUCAGUAGAUCCAAUAAUGUUAUAAAACAAUUUGUUGCAUCUGUGUGUUGCCAAUUAAUUUAUUACUGAUAUGCAAUUUCAUAUAAUUUUUUGUAAAGCAUAUUGCUAUUACUCUAUAUAAUGCAGCAUAUCAUGGUUAGCUCAAUGGUGCUUUCCUUCAUAGAAUAU